AUGCUGCCGCACAUGACAGGCCCACCUGGGCUGAAGACCGCCGGGGAAGCAAUCCCGGAGCACCGGCCGCCUGCGCUGGGAAUCCGAUGCCGAUUAACCACCAGGAACCACAGCAUCCCCCCACAGAGGAAGAACUUGGCCUCCUACGUGAGCAACCUGGUUCGCGGCCAUGGUUCGCAGGCCUUCACACAAGCCCGGGGCUAUAGGGGAGACUUGCCAAGACCCUGCCCCACGUCACCGCACCACCCCCCAUGCCCGAACCCGAUCUAA